AUGGAUCAAGAAAAGCCUAGUUGUAGUGUAAACCAUGGGAAACGGACUCGACCUUUGUUACUGCAACCGAGCCCGAAGAUCGCAAGAGUGGCUGCGUAUGCCAGUUCAACUUCGAGUUCUGUGCUCAAGAAUUCCAAAAAAUUAAGUUUAAACAGUAGGAAAAGUAAAAUAUCUUAUAACAAAAGUGAUGUACCAGCACCAGGGACUCCUGUGCCAGAAAAACACGUUCGAAAGGCUGGCCCUUAUUUAUUAGGACCUAAAUUAGGACCUAGUCCUGUUAAAAGCAUAGUGCAGUGUUUAGCUCGUAAGGAAAAGACUGAUGACUAUUACCAAAUAAAAAUUUUAACCCUUCGAACUGAAGGUCAAGCUGAAACGCAGGAUGACCGACAAGGGAAAAUGCUUUUGCACACUGAGUAUUCAUUGUUGUCCCUAUUGAAAGACCAAGAUGGAGUUAUUCAUCAUCAUGGGUUAUUCAAGGAUCAUGCAUUAGAAGAAGUACCUAACCCGAAUGGUCCUGGCUUUGUAUACACAGGCCGAGUUAGGCAAAGGCUGUUUCUAGUAUUAGAUUCUGUGACUGCACAUCAAUUUAGUGAAAAAGGCAGUGAACUUAUAAACUUGCAACAAUAUGUUACUAAAGUAAAAAAAGUACCAGAAAAGGAAGCUAUAUUAAUAUUUUAUGACAUUGUCCGAGUUGUGGCUAAUUUGCAUAAGAGAAACAUAGUGCAUAGAGACUUAAAACUUGGCAAUAUAGUACUAAAUCAAAGAACUGGAAGGGUCAUUUUAACAAACUUCUGUCUUGGAACUCAUUUGGGCAGUGAUAGAGAUUUAUUGAAAGAUCAAAGAGGAUCUCCAGCCUAUAUAUCACCAGAUGUCUUGAUGUGUAAGCCAUAUCUCGGCAAGCCAUCAGACAUGUGGGCUUUGGGAGUGGUUCUCUACACAAUGUUGUAUGGCCAGUUUCCCUUCUGUGAUACAAGUCUUGCACAAUUGUUUAGUAGAAUACAGGCAGCCAAUUAUAAUAUACCUCCAGAUGGCAAUUCAGUGCAAGUAACAGAUAACACGGUGUUUCUAAUUCAGAGAUUAUUGGUUAAAGACCCAAAGCAUAGAUUACUGGCAGACGAGGUCUUAGAUCAGUUAUCCAGCAUUAUAGCAAGUUAUGUUAUAAUACCAAAUCCCCCCGAAGACUUGCAAGUAGUUCCUGAUGUGCCAUUGCAUGAGGAGAAAGAGAAAUCAACAACGAACGGUUCAAGUGAAAUAGAGAGGAAGCCAUUUUUAAAUAUACCUGAAAAUGUGGAAAGAACACCUAAUGCUAAUGAAGAGUUAGGCGUAUUCUGCGUGCCGCUACCAGAUUUCCUAGCACUGAACUUCCCGUCCCCUACUCGCGUCUCUCAAAACAGCAUCUUGGUCCAUCCGACCAUAGACAACAACCAAAACCAACGACAAAUAACCGUACACAGAAUAGGCAGAGACGCGCGGCCGCUGCUCCCUUGCGAGAUAACCCGUUACCAGCACAUGUUCACAAACAGACCAGACACAAGAGUGCAAAAUUUCGUACCAGAGACGAGAACUGAAAAUUCCAGACUUAGAAGCUUAGCACAACGAAUGCCUAGACUUAACCCUGUAGCGACCACUUCGAAUCCUGACUUUAGAGUCAUACCAUGGUCUGAAAGACCUAGGAUAGACAGGUUAGAACAAGAUUACGUUUUGCGUUUGCCGGUCUUAGAUAUUACUAGAAUGAACAAUAGAAUAAUGAAUCCCGCCCCAAUACAUUCGGUUAACCCUGAAUCUGUUGUAAAUAACCCUCGACCGCCCAACGAUAAUUCGGAACUGGAAUACAAU